AUGGAAUAUUGCAAUAUCCCACACUUACUCCAGACUGUAGUCAAAGCUGCAAAUAUCUCAAAUCAGCUCCCAACAGGCGAAAACCUUGCUUUUGCCUUAACUGAUAAGUCCUAUGAAGCUCAAACCACAGAUCUUCAAAUGAAAAUAAGUGACUUGAUAUCUAAUUUAGUCAGGUUUGUGACUCCUCAGACUGAAAGCACAGAGUAUGACGAUAUUAUAGAAGCGGCUGACCAAUGCUUAGAAUACGUAGCAGCAGGACUUGAUAAUAAAGCAGGCAUUAAAGCAGUGCCUGAUCUUGCAUUAUCUAAGCUCAGCUUAUAUGAGCUUCCUAAACCGCAAGAAAUUUUUAAACACACAAUUGAUAACAGUGAAUCCCCAUUCGUGCCAAGCUUAGACGAAAAGCCAAAUGCAAUGGUUCCUUUAGAAGUUUAUAGUGAAGGGAUGCACCCUUACCAGUAUGAAUUAGAAUCCUUAGCUCAAGAAUUUUGGCAAUUAGAGCCUUCACAAGUCCAGCCAUUCAAAGAACUUGAAGAAGUCUCACUUAUUAUGGUGGAAAACCCAGAAGGGUUUUAUGGGAUGCUUAAUGAGCUGUCACAAGCUAAAGAAAUAGCGAUUGAUUUAGAGCAUCAUUCUUUUAGGACUUAUCAAGGGUUUGUGUGCCUUAUGCAGAUAUCAACGAGAAAUACAGAUUAUAUUAUAGACACCUUAAAAGUAUGGGAUUUGAUGCCAAAACUUCUAGGCGUCUUUACUAAUCCUGCAAUAAUAAAAGUGUUGCAUGGCGCUGAUUCAGAUAUCCCUUGGAUGCAAAAAGAUUUCAAACUUUACAUCGUGAAUAUGUUCGAUACUGGCCAAGCUGCUAGAAUUUUAAUGUACGCGAGAUUUGGGCUUGCAUAUCUACUCGAAACAAUCUGCAGUGUAAAAACUGACAAAUCCUACCAACUUGCUGACUGAAGAGUCCGCCCAUUAUCCCCAGAAAUGAUAAAAUAUGCCAGAAUGGACACUCACUAUUUGCUCCAUAUUUUUGACGUGCUAAAAAACGAGCUCUCUCUAAAAGCUCAACAGCUAAGACUCCACCCAUUAGAGCUAGCACGAGAAGUCUUCCAAAAAAGCAGAGAUAUUUGCUUAAAAAGAUACGAAAAACAAGACUUAAAGUGGGUAGCAUUGAAAAGAGGUAUUGAAUUUUUAAAUCCUCAGCAGCAAAGUAUACUAGAUGCAUUAGCGAAUUGGAGAGAUGAGGUAGCUAGAAGAGAAGAUGAAAAUCCGAAUUUUAUUUUGAAAGGAAGAACAUUAAUUAGCUUGGCAACAGACCCACCACAGACUGUAAAAGAGUUAUUAGUCAAAGUGCAUCAACAAAGCAGCAUUCUUCAAAAAGAAGCGAACACAAUUGUUGAAAUAAUUAAAAAAACACUUGCGAAAAAAAGCGAAAAAGCUGUUAAAAAGCUACCAAAGAUUGUACAGCCUGUGCAGAAACAAAAGAAAAUUGAGACGCAUAGGCCAGUUUUGUAUGAACAAAAAUUCACUGUAAAGCUAAUACCAAGCAAUAAACUUUCAAUUUUUGCUCCACAAAAUAAAUUAGAGCCAAGCCAAAAAAUGAAAGAAAAAUGCCAAAAAAUUGCGGAAAGCUUUACGUCGAUUUUCCAAAUUGUGGUAGAGGAAGGAAUGGAGAUGGAAAUUGAAAACACAACCCAAGAAACUACACAAGCUACGCAGCCGCAGGAUUUAGAAGAAGGAGAAGAAAUCCCACAGAGCAUCCAAGAGAAAUAUGAAUUGCCGCUGAAAAAUAAGCUUUCUUCUGACAGAAAAAUUAAAACUACGACAAAAAAACAAAAAAUUUCGGAUAAAAAAGAUAUAAGGAUUGGGUGGCUGGAUAACAUUGAGCUAGCUCCAGUGAAGCGUAAAAAUUUAUUCAAAAAGAAAAGAUAA